AUGGAACGCUACAGCGUGACAGGCCUUGUUAAUAAUGGAAGGCGCUUGUUGGGCGCUUUCCACUUGACGGAAAUUCUGGAAAUCUUGCUUGAAAAUCAAAUGGAACACGUUAAUUUCUGGAAUGCUGUUUCUUUAAUUUUGAAGAAUGUGACACUGUCGCUUAAAUCUCUUCUUGCAGCAUUCGGCGAAAUAAAUCCAGACUCGAGGCACGGGAAUGGUCGAGAACCCGCCGUUUUGGUGGCGGUUUUUGCUCAUGGAAGACUGGAAGGCAGCAACGUGUUUGGGAAAUGUUUUAAUGGUGUAAAAAUUUCUAAAUUUCCGGAAUUUCCAAUUUGUGGACAACCUCGAGAGAUUGUACGAAAUUUUCGAAACAUCGUUCCAGAAAUUAACGUGUUCCAUUUGAUUUUCAAGCAAGAUUUCCGGAAUCUCCGUCAAAUGGAAAGCGCCCAUGCUGCAUGA